AUGCCCUCAGCGACGACUGGCUCGUGGGCCGGAAAGCUGAGCCUCGUUUUUUUUUUUUCUCCCUCGUCCCUCGUCCCUCUUCCCUCUACCAUCCGCGCAGCUGACCCUUCUCUAUCCAUCCCCUCCGGACAACUCGAUACCAUGGCUCGCGGAAACCAGAGAGACAAGGCUCGUGAGGCCAACCAGAAGAAGCUGGCCGGCCAGAAAAAGGGCACCAACAUGAGCGGCUCCGAGAUGCAGCGCAGCAAGGAGACCGCCGCCGAGAUCAUGCGCGCCAAGCAGCUCGCCGGUACGAGCCAACCCCAUCUGCCACUGCCGUGA